AAGGCAAUCACAGGAAUUGCUUGUAGAGGUGGACCGUUCACCCACUGGAGAUCUGAGCAGGAAGUUUGAGAGGAGAGUGAGAAAAAAGAAGCCAAGUUAACAGGUCAUCGCCCACAAGUGAAAACAGGUCCUCUUGCUUGUGAGAUCACCAUGGUGAAGCGUGUUGCCAUAAUUGGGGCCGGUACCAGUGGGCUCGUGGCCAUAAAGAGCUGUUUGGAUGAAGGCUUGGAACCUAUCUGCUUUGAGAGGUUUGGUGAUAUUGGGGGCCUUUGGAAUUAUCAGGGUGAAGUAACACCAGAGCGGGCUAGCCUCUACAAAUCACUGCUUUCCAAUGUGUCUAAAGGGACCAUGUGCUUCAGUGAUUAUCCGAUCCCCGAAGAUUAUCCACUCUAUAUGCGGAGUGAUUCGGUUUUAGAAUACCACCGCCUUUACGCCAAACAAUUUGACCUGCUAAAGUACAUAAGGUUCAAGCACACUAUAACCAGUGUGAAGAAGCGUGCAGAUUUUGCCUCCAGUGGACAGUGGGAUGUUGUAACUAAAGAUGGCAAUGACAAAGUAGCAUCUGAAAUUUUUGAUGCUGUUAUGGUCUGUACUGGUCUCCAUACAGAUUCCUACAUACCUUUCGAUUCUUUUCCUGGUAUUGAAAAGUUCAGAGGCAAAUAUAUGCACAGCAAGGAUUUCAAGGAACCCGAAGUGUUCCAAGGAAAGAAGGUGCUCAUAGUUGGGAUUGCAAACUCGGCAGGUGACUUAGCUGUGGAAAUUAGCAAGCAUGCUAAAAAGGUAUUUCUCAGUUCAAGAAGAGGUACCUGGAUUAUGCAUCGCAUUACACAAGAUGGAUCCCCCAUGGACAUGGUUAUUCUCAAUCGAUUCGUAAUUUUCCUCCUGACUGUAUUACCUUUGUGUCUGAUCAACUGGUUUGCUAAAAAGACAUUUAACUUCCUGUUCAAUCAUGAUAACCAUGGGCCAGAGCCUGAGCACAGGUUUUUAAGCGAAUGCCCAAUGAUCAAUGAUGACUUACCAAGUUGCAUUAAAUCGGGAAAUGUUUUAAUGAAACGAAAUUUGAAGCGUUUUACUGAGACCGCUGUUAUCUUUGAAGAUGGGACAGUGGAGGAAGAUAUUGAAGUGGUUAUAUUUGCAACAGGAUACACCUACCGCUUUCCGUUUCUGGAUGAGAAGGUUGUAAAAGUUGAGAACAACCACGCUGGUCUUUACAAAUAUGUCUAUCCACCUCAGCUGGAGAAGCCAACUCUCGUCUUUAUUGGUUACAUCCAGCCGAUUGGAGCUGUUAUGCCAAUAUCAGAGCUUCAGUCACGUGGGGCAACGAGAGUUUUUAAAGGGUUAAUUAAACUGCCAUCUACCAAUGACAUGAUAGCAGAUGUAAUGAAGAUAAAGGAAAUCACUACUAAAAAGUAUGGUACCUCCCAAGGACAUGCGGCCCAGGUAGAUUGGAUAGCCUACUUGGAUUCAUUAGCUGACAUGAUUGGGGUAAAACCCAGCAAAAUGCUCUUCCUGAGUGAUCCACUACUCGCGUUUCAAAUUUUCUUCGGCCCCUGCACAGCAUUCCAGUACCGUCUAACUGAGCCUGGGAAAUGGCCGGAAGCCAGGAAGAUCAUCCUGACACAGUGGAGCCGAAUCUUCAGGGCACCCAAAUCAUGUCUUCUUGCUAACGAUGAAAAACAGUCCUCCAUGCCACUGAUGCUGCAACUAUUGGCUGCCUUUGUAGUAUUGGCAGCUGUUCUGUUUUUCUUUCUGGGGGCUUAGGUUGAGGCUCACUCAGAUCACUUAUUAGUUUGAGGUGGUGGUUGGCAUUUAACCUUGAUGGAGACAUGCGUCAUCCUAUGAACCUCUUUAACUUCUGUGUUUUUUUUUCCAAAAAGACGUCAGUGCCUUCACUGAAUUCUCUUAAAUUCUUAAUUACUAAUAAUUACUAACUUUAUCAAAUGCCUAUUACUUUUUUAUUCAUACAACAUCAGUACAUAUAUUAGGGUUGGGUGAUUAAAAUGGGAAGUGAGAAUUUUAUAAAUGUUUUAAUGAUGUGUCAUGGUGAUUUUGGAAUAUUCUAAUGGUGAAAAUUAUUCGUAACCCUGUAAUUACCAUAAUUUCCUAAUUGAAGCCGAGGUGGAUAUUUGAUCACUGUUACUGUUGUGGUGGUUAUGGACGGUUGAAUAACUUGUCAUGUGUCUUUAAAUCUUGUCCGCUUUUGAAAUUAAAUAAAGCAGCUUUCACAAAGCAAAAAUGUC